AUGGCAAAACCUGGAACGAACUUCCGCUGUGAUACCAGUGCCGUCGUACCGGUUCAAGUAUUGGACGGAUUGAAGAGUAUGGCGAUUUCCCCCAACAAAGUCCAGGGCACUCGAGCCUUACUGGAAAAGGACGAAGUGCGAGAGGAGGAGUGUUUCCAUUUGACAUCAUGGACGCUGGAAGAGUAUCAGGAGGCGCUAGCGGACCCAUUGUUUUUCGACCACGUGAGGGCAAAGUUCACCGACGUGGAAGGCGAGGUGACAGUUGCUGAGCGGAACCGAUUGCUAUCCAGCAAGUUCCAUGUCGUUGGCGGGAGCGCGUGCUUGAUGUUUGGUUUCAAAGUUGAAGUUGCAAAGUAUAUACUCAGAGACGCGAUUGAGACCGUGUAUGACAUCGAAAGUCUCAAAAAUGGAGUGAUGGGCGCGCUGCCUUCUUCUCUGCUGAUCGCAUGGUAUCGAACCGGCACCGCCAGUCAUCGUACAGGAACUUAUCGGAACUGGGAUCUACCAGAGAAAUGGCUGUUGAGCUCGUUUGUGGCGAGAGAGCUCGGGCGAAUUCUCGGUCCUGGUAAGCUCCGAUCAAUUGCGCGCUGCAUCGUGGACAACCCCUCGCAUGAUGGACGCAUGUUUGAGCUGCUGGACGGCAAUGCAGCGCUCAAUUAA